CCAUCCGGGUUGCAGGGAGGAGCCUGGCUCGCCGACCCGAGCAUGGCGCCGGCUGCUGCCGCCGCGGAGGGGAAGCCCGGGCUGGGGUCGCCCGUGGCGGGGGCGGGCCGUCACCCUGCAGCAGCCCAGGACAAGUUCUUCUUCAUCAAAGGUGGAAUUUUUCUAGGUACUGUUGCUACUGCAGGAGUGAUAGCUGGUUUUGGUACAACACUUGCUAUGGCUAAAAAGAAAAACCCCAACUGGUUCGAUAAGGGUAUUACUGCCACAGCUGCAUUACCAGAGAAUGGUUCAUCGCUGGCCUUACGAGCCUUGGGGUGGGGUUCACUGUAUGCCUGGUGUGGAGUUGGGCUGAUCAGUUUUGCCAUCUGGAAGGCUUUGGGAGUUCACAGUAUGCAAGAAUUUCGUCAUAAAAUGCAAUCAAUAUUUCCAGCAAUUCCUAAAAGUGCAGAGCACUCAGUUGAAUGGGAAGACUUACUGAAAUCCAAAUGAAAGGAGCAGAAAGGAUUCGGAAUUUUAUACUUCAGUGGGAGAGACUGCAGAACUUGUGGAAAAAUCCCAUCUAAAAAAAUAAGAAAGAAAGACUGAUUUGAAUGCAUGGAAGUGAGCAAAUUAGUGACUGUUUGCUGAACAUGGGGGCGGCAGUUAUUAUUUUAACAGCAAAAGAACUGUUAUGUUUUUGCUGUUACUUUUUCAUCAUCAUCACUAGAGUUGAAUUGUGGAGAAAAGAAUUUUAUGGGAUACCUUGGGCUGAACUUGAAAGAAUAAUAUAACUGUAUGAGAACGUGUUUCAGUAAAACAAAAAUCAAACAAAAAACUGAUCUUGAGUGGAUAUUUACAAUAAAAUAUAGUUGCAAACUCUUA